AUUGAUGGAGACUACUUGGCUGCUAUUUGGAACCAUGAAACCCACCUGUGUGAAUGGUGCAUAUCAAUGUGGCUGGAAACACCUGUGCUUAGUAUCAGAGCGUGCCUGGAGCUGUGUCCUCCAUCUGGCCACAUACUCUGUGGACACUCCUGCCUUUACCAAACCACCAUGGAAACUUUAUUUCCUACUUCUGCACACCAAGUUUCUACCUCUAGAUCUGAGGUUUUCGUUGCUGAGAAGCCUGAGAUACCAGUACUACCAAGAAGUCAUCCCUGAAACAAGGGAAAUGGAAGACAGUGAUAUGUUACCUCAGAUCAUCCAUAGCAUACUAUCAACAUCUCAUUCUCGGUUUACAAGAAGUCUCCAAGGACUUGAUGAAGAUGUCACCACACCUUAUGACUAUGAUAAUGGUGAGCCAUGUAAUAAAUACAACGUGAAGCAGAUGGGUGCCAGGAUCCUGCCCCCACUCUACUCUCUGGUAUUCAUCUUUGGUUUUGUGGGGAACAUGUUGGUCAUUCUCAUUCUGAUAAGCUGCAAGAAACUGAAGAGCAUGACUGACAUCUACCUGUUCAACCUGGCCAUCUCUGACCUGCUCUUCCUGCUCACUCUCCCAUUCUGGGCUCACUAUGCUGCAAAUGAGUGGGUCUUUGGGAAUAUAAUGUGUAAAUUCCUCACGGGCCUCUAUCACAUUGGUUAUUUUGGUGGAAUCUUCUUCAUUAUCCUCUUGACAAUUGAUCGGUACUUGGCUAUUGUCCAUGCUGUGUUUGCUCUGAAAGCCAGGACAGUCACCUUUGGGGUGAUGACAAGUGGAGUUACUUGGGUGGUGGCUAUGCUGGCCUCUCUCCCAGGAAUCAUAUUUACUAAAUUCAGAAUAGAUCAAGAUCAUCAAGGUCAAGAUCAUUACACCUGUGGUCCUCAUUUUCCAUUAAUAUGGAAGAAUUUUCAUGCAAUAAUGAGGAAUAUCUUGAGUCUGGUCUUGCCCCUACUUGUCAUGGUCAUCUGCUACUCAGGAAUCCUCCACACCCUGUUUCGUUGUAGAAAUGAGAAGAAGAGGCACAGGGCUGUGAGGCUCAUCUUUGCCAUCAUGAUUGUCUACUUUAUCUUCUGGACACCCUACAACAUUGUUGUCUUCCUGAAUACCUUCCAGGAAUUCUUGGGACUGAGUACCUGUAUGAUUACCAAUCACUUAGACCAGGCCAUGCAGGUGACAGAGACUCUUGGAAUGACACACUGCUGCAUCAACCCUGUCAUCUAUGCCUUUGUUGGGGAGAAGUUCCGAAGGUAUCUCUCCAUAUUCUUCAGAAAGCACAUUGCUAAACGUCUCUGCAAACAGUGCCCAGUUUUCUACAGAGAGACAGCGGAUCGAGUGAGCUCAACAUACACCCCUUCCACUGGGGAACAAGAAGUCUCAGUUGGGUUGUAAAGCAAAGGGUGGUUUGCUUUAUUUUUUUUUUUUUCUAAUCAGGGUACAAGGAACAGUUUGUAUAUGGUAACAAGCUUCAAAGCCAGUGAAUUUCACACCUUUGGGUCUCAAUCCCUUGGGGGCCUGGAAGGCCCUUUCAGAGGGGUUGCCUAAGACCAUCAAAAAAUGCAGAUAUUUAUAUUACAAUUUAUAACUAACAAAAUGACAGUUAUGAAGUAGCAAAAAGAAAUUAUGGUUGGGGAUCACCACAACAUGAGGAACUGUAUUAAAGAGUCCCAGGAUUACCAAAGUUGAGAACCACUGCUCAAAGAUACAUUGACGAAUAGGUGUCCAGGAACCUUACGAUUAUGCCAAGACAGAACUACAUCACUUCUUGUACAUACAAUACUUGCUCAGGAAACAUCUAGAAUAAAUGCUGGUAGACUCUUCAGCUUUCCAGUGAACUCUUCUCUGCCUCUAGGAAGAGCCUUAUUUUCUUGUGGUAAUACUAUUUUGCCAAGCGUCACUCUGUUUCUCCCUGUUUCUAACAAGAUGAGCUUGGAAUGAAUAUGAAGAAGGGUGUGAGGAUUUCAGGACUGAGUGAGAAAGGGGAUGAGACAAGCAUUGUUGAUUCUGGAUGAAGAUGAAGAUGAAAGAGAGCAGGAGCCCUUUUCAUUUGGAAAGAAAUGUCCUGGUCUUUGGCUCCAUCUCCCACCUGUAUUUAAUGAUGAAGGCGUUAUUAGGUUAGGAAAAUCUGGGAACUGUAAUAGUUUAUUGGGAACUUUAUUUGAGCCCCCUGAUCCUUUUAUACAUAACUGCCUUGCACAUUUUUACUUUGUUAUUUUUAUGAUGACAACAUGGAAAAUCUUUUCAAUAUCACACUCAAUUGUUUACAUGUUUCUCAAGCCACAACUCUUUACAUAAUAUUUAUAAAAUUAUAGGUUAUAAAAUAUGCCUCAUCACUGGUUAAUCCCAAAAUAAUAAAGACUCUUGUUUGAUAUUUUCAGGAAGAACAAAGAUUGGAGGUAGUGAGUGACCAAGAGUGUGGAGAAAAGCCAAUCCCUCCAUCAGACACAGGGGGCUGCAGCAGAAAGGCAGGGGAGAUGUGGGUCAGCAGCGAGGAUAUGUUUAGAACCACAUAGAACCUCAGUACUGAGGAAAGGUUGCUGUCUGGUUGUAAAUUGGUGUUAUUUCAUUGCUCUUAUUUCCUGCUGCCCCGUAACCUUUGCACCUGCCUUCUUUCCCCAUGGUGUUUAUUUUCUAACUUCCAUACUUCAAACAUCAGUGGGCCAGAGAAAAGUGUGUUUGAAACAGCCAAGCGUGAGCUCCUGCAUAGUCCCAGGAGAGAAAAAGCACUGGGUAUGUUUUGUGGGUAAAGAAAGGGAUGGAACAGAAGUACUUAUUUUGUAUUUAUAUUCCUACCCUAGGAACAUAUCUUAAUUACAGGCAGGAUAAGCCUAUAUAAAAAGAGAUUACAGAUGGAGUGAGAAGAAGGGUGUCACAGACUAACUUCUACUGCCUUAUUUUUGGAUACAAAUAUAAUUCAGAGAUUUAAAAAAAAUCAAAAAUAGAAAAAAUAAAAUCAAGACCGAAAACUUUAACUUUUAAAUGUGGCAAAAUACCUCUAUUCUUACCUUGCUAGCCUUGAAUGUAUUGCAUUAGUUACAGAGAAAAUUCUGGCUCUGAGUAUAAGAGCUGACAUAAAAAUUCUAGAUUGGCAGGGCCUUGAGUCUGUGAUCUGUGGGCUUACCCAGUUACGGUCAUACAGAGUCUAAGCCAUCGGGAACCCAGCACAUACUACACAGAGGCUGUCAGCAGGGCACUUGUUUUCUCAGCCUUGUUUUCCCCAAACUCCUUUGUAUUGUUCUUCCUGGAUGUGCUAAUGAUGAUAGAUUGUCCUUCUGGUGAGUAGGAGCCCCCAAGUGAAGUCAGCUUCUAAUCAAAGCUUUAACAAUUUAAUUUACAAAGGAGAAGAGUUAGACAAACUCCUUCUCAUAUGAAAAAAUAUCUCCCUUGAAUGAACCAAGAAUGCUUUUCCCUAUCCCAUAUUGUUUUUCUCAGCCGACAGAAGAAGCAAAGAAAGAAACAGACAACCUGGGAACCGGAAGUCUUUGUGGUUUGGCUUUGUUAU